UAUCUAAUGCAUGUGCUUAACAUUUUCAACAGCUGAAGUUGGUUUAUUGCAGCAGUUAAACAGGAAACAGUCUUUACUUUCACUUUCAGCUGAGACGGUGAAACAGCAGAACUGAUCCUGAAGUCUGAGACUAAACCACUUUAAACUGAAAUACUCCACUAUUUUAGACACUUUUUUUCCUUUGCUUGGUAGAAAAUUGAGUUUUAUCAGAUGUGAACCUUCAGGAUGGAUUAUCUGGGGAAUUACUAACAGACUGGCCGAAGGAUUUUUAAGGAUCAGAUUAACUGGAAUCUCUGAAGCCUUCUGCUCACUAACAUGGCGUCACCUGCAUCAGAUCGACUGCCUGUUAAAAAAAGCAGAAGCUAUGAAUUUAUUCCACCUGACAUGUCUGAACUCAGGGUGGUUCUGCUGGGAAGCAGCUGGUCCCAGAGGAGAUCAGUGGGAAACUUCAUAAUGGGAAAGGAUGUUUUUAACACUGAACCUCAGUCCUGUGUCAGAGUCUGUGGAGAAGAGGAGAAAACCAGAAUUGUUGUCAUCAACACUCCUGAUCUUCAGUUUCCAACUACAGCCAAACAAACACAGUUUAUCAAAGACUGUGCAAGAGUCUCUGCUCCUGGACCUCAUGUGUUCCUGUUGGUUCUGGAGCCUGAAAACAUCACAGAAGAAGAGAAAAACACGAUGCACAGAGUACUUCAAGCUUUUAACGAUCGAUCCUUUGAUCAUUCCUUUAUACUGAUGUUAAAUUCUGUACAAAGACAGCAGGACAAUGUUUUUGAAGAUUAUACGAAAAAGGCUUUAAUUCAGGAACUGAUCAGAAAAUGCAGAUACAGAUACUUAAAGAAGGAGGAUGUUGAGUGUCCAGAGCUGCUGACUCGUUUUGGUCAAAUUGUGAAAGAGAACAACGGAGAACAUGUGAGCUAUGAAGAGUUUGAAGAAGCAGCCACCAGCUUAACAGAUUCUCUUCAGAGUCGUAAAGGAAAGCCACCAACAGGUUCUCUAGUUGCUGCUGUUAAAGAUGCUGGUCUCAGUUGUCAAAUAUCCAGAACACAUCUGUCCUAUGAAGAAUCUGUUUUUAGGAUUGUGUUGUUGGGGGGAAGAGAAGAUAAAAAGUCAAAACUUGGUAACUUGAUAAUUGAAGAGCAGGAAUUUCAUCACCAGAAGCGCAGCGUGGCCUCCUGUGGAGAGUGGAGAGGAAAACCAGUGAUCGUAGUAAAAACUCCUGACAUGUUCAGUCUUUCUCAGGAAAAAAUCCUUGGAGAAAUGAAUAACUGUGUGAGGCUCUGUUACCCUGGACCACAUGUUCUGCUGCUGUUAGUGAAACCUUCAGAAUUUACUGUAGAGAACAGAAAAACAAUGAACUUCAUCCUGAGAUUGUUUAGUCCAGAUGCCUUCGGACAUUCAGUGGUCAUCUUAACCGAUGGAGAAAGUUCAUCUGUCAAUGAGCUCCUCAGGCUGGUCCAAGGCAGAUGCUACAACAUGAAUAAAAAUGAUCGCAGUCUGUUGAUGAUGGAGAUUGAGACCAUCAUGGUGGAAAACAAAGGAACAUAUCUGAGCUUCAGAGGAGAGACCAGCAGACCCCCUCAGCAACAGAUCAAACCUCCACUAAACCUGGUUCUGUGUGGAAGGAGAGGAGCAGGGAAGACCUCAGCAGCCAAGGCCAUCUUAGGUCAGACUGAGCUAAGAUCCUACUCAUCAGUUAGUAUUAAAAACCAGGGAGAGGUCAGCAGACGUUGGGUUUCUGUGGUGGAGCUGCCUGCCUUGCAUGGAAGAACUCAGCAGGAAGUGAUGGAGGAAUCAUUCAGGUGCAUCUCCCUCUGUGAUCCUGAGGGGGUCCACGCCUUCAUCCUAGUCCUACCUGUGGGUCCCCUCACUGAUGAAGACAAGGGAGAGUUACAGACCAUCCAGGACAUGUUCAGCUCUGUGGUCAAUGACUUCAUCAUGAUGCUGUUCACUGUGGAGUCAGAUCCUAAACAUCCAGCUGUUGUUAACUUUAUAAGCAGAGACAGAGACAUCCAGAGGCUUAUUCAGAGAUGUGGAGGAAGAGAUGUUGUUGUCAACAUCAAGAGCAAGCAGCAGAUCCCAGAACUGUUGGAGAUGGUGGAAAAAAUGAGACAAAGGAAUGAUAAGCUAUGCAGCUACACAACUGAAAUAUUCACACAUGCCCAAAUAAAAAGAAUUGUACAACUGAAGGAAAACUGCAGCUUUCAACAGGCUGAACUUGAUAAACUUAAAAAGGAUAAACGGAUAAACUGUAAUGAGGAACAGAAAACCCCAGAUUGUCUGAGAAUUGUUCUGAUUGGGAAAACUGGAUGUGGAAAAAGCUCCUCAGGAAACACCAUCCUAGGAGGAAAAAGGUUUAAAGCUCAAUCAAGUCAAACAUCAGUAACCAAACGCUGUCAGAAAGCAACGGGUGAGGUGAACGGUCUUCCCGUUGUUGUUGUCGACACUCCUGGACUGUUUGACUCAACUUUGUCUAAUGAAGAAGUUCAAGAUGAGAUUGUGAAAUGUAUGAGUCUCCUGGCUCCAGGACCACAUGUCUUCCUGCUGGUGUUUCAGAUUGGAAGAUUCACACCAGAGGAGAGAAAGACUUUAAGUUUGAUCAAGAAAGCAUUUGGAAAGGGUUCAGAAAAGUUCACCAUCAUCCUUCUAACUAGAGGAGAUUCUUUGGAGGAGGAUGAUGUGUCUAUUGAAGAUUACAUUGAAAACUAUUGUGAUGAGUCCUUUAAGAAACUGCUGGCUGACUGUGGAGGAAGACAUCAUGUGUUUAAUAAUCGAAGUAAAGAAAACCCUACGCAAGUUAAUGAGCUUAUAGAAAAGAUCAACAAGAUGUUGAAGGAAAAUGGAGGUACCUAUUACACCAAUGAUAUGCUGCAAGAGGCAGAAGCUGCCAUACAGAAAGAAAUGAAGAGGAUACUUAUGGAGAAAGAUGAAGAAAUAAAGAAAAAGAGGGAGGAUCUAGAAAGAAAACAUGAAGAAGAAAUGCAAAUUAUGAAGAUGAAAAUGGAAGAACAGAGAGCAGCAAUUGAACUAGAGAGAAAAGAGACAGACAAAAAACUGAGACAAAAAGAGGAAAACAUCAUGAAAGAGAUAGAACAAAGAAAGACUGAAAAAAAGAGGAGAGAAGAAGAAGACAGGAAAAGAAAACAAGACGAAGAAGCUCAGAGAAAACAAUGGCAAAAAAACUGGAAGCUUUUGCUGAUAAUAAAAUUAGAAUCCCAAAAAAAUCAAAUGGUUAAUAAGGAGUUGGUAGAAAGUAGAGAGGCAAUGAGAAAGGAGAAGGAGAAGUGGGAAAAUGAAAGAAAAGAUUGGUGGGAAAAAAGGCUUCACGAUGCUGAAGAGAUCAGGAAAUUUGUAGAUGCUAAAAUAAAAGAGCUCCAAAAAGAAUUUGAUGAAGAGAGAAAAAAAUCAGAAUACCAACGUAAAGAAGAAGAUACGAUCAGAAGAGAAAAGGAGGAGAAGCAACGAAAGGAGCCAGAAGAAAACUAUAAGAAACAAAUGGAGGACAUGAAAACUAAAUAUGAAGAGGAGGCCAGAAAACAAGCUGAAGAGUUCAAUGAGUUCAGAGAAAAAUACUCCCAAGACUUGGAAGCUCUGAUGGAAAAACAUGAUGAAGAACUGAGGAAACUGAAAGAAAAGGAGAAAGAAAUGGAAGAGAAAGUUAAGAAUAAAAGGAAAGAGUACAGUCUGCUGUAUGAUCUCACACGUCACAAUGAAGAGAAACUGAAAGAAGAGCUUGAAGACAAAGCUGGGAAAUUAGAGGAUGAAAAGAAGAGGAAGGAACAACAAAAAAAGAACUGCAAUAUUUAAAGGAAA